CUCGCAUUCAAUGCCUUUGACUCUGUUGUCAUUGAAACGUUAAUUCAGUUUCAAAAACAUUGAGUUUUGUGUGACAUUUGAGUGCAAUUUGCGUGAAAGCUAAUGAACCGAUCGUUUAAGGAUAUCGACAAAAGUCUGUCGGAAUCAAUGACUAAAUCCAAGAGUGAAACAGAGCGUUCAUUACGAGGACUCAAUUUCGGCAGACUUUACCUCAAGAACAAUGAAUUGGACAGCGCUUUGAAUCAAUUGACGCCCAAUAAAGUGAUGUCUCCAUCGAUGUUGAAUGACAGCAACAGUAUUAUGUCCAACAAUAUGAGCCCAUCUGUGAAGUCGACGCCUGAACGUUAUGCUAAGAACUCUGAGAACAGUUCCGAUGCUAACCACCAUUCCUGUGGGACUUCCGAUGCUAACCACCAUUCCUGUGGGACGUGCGCUAAUCAACCACUUUUGGACAAAAUGGCUAAACAACACGAUUCCCUCAUUGCCACCAAUAAAAUGCUUUUGGAUCUCUUAAAGCAAAACACUUCUAACAUUAAAGACAUUCAGAAACAAUUGAUUGCAAUCAAUGAUAACAUCAAUACUUUAACCGAUUCCCAGAAUUCAUUGAAAGAGACUUUCUAUGAAUAUAUGACUCAAGAAGAAGAGCAACAAGAUUUUGAUGAUUAUAUAUCAGAGCUUUUCAAACCGGCAGCUAAUUCAUGGCAAUGCACCGCUUGUUACGUCCAAAACAAUGGUUCAGACACCAGUUGUGCCGCCUGUACGACACCUAAGCCGGGAACUACACCUAAACAGGCCGUGGCUAAUGAGUCGAGCAAACUCAAAUUGUUUAGCUCUGAAAACGUUGAUCCCAUCUCUUUUACGCAAUCUUUGACUUCGAGUACGAGUGGCUUUAAAUUCGGUUCUUUUAACUCGAAUACCACUUUGAAUUCCAACACAAUCUUCAGUAACACUGGCUUUAAGUUUGGCAACACUACGAGUCCUCAACCGCUUCCCACUUUGAACUUAAGUAACUCUGACUUUGGUUUCCAACCGACGGCUAAACCACUCGAAGACAAGGGCUUUAAUCUAUUCUCAAAGAAUACAAGUGAUAAUAAGACAAUUCCGUUCAGUUUUGAUUUGAAUGCUAACUCGAGUCCAAAGUUUGGCUUUGAUUUCAAGAAUGUGGCGAAAGAAGAGACACUCAAAGUUGAUGUCCAGACGCCUGUUGUCAAUGAGACUGAAGAAGAACAUAAUACAAGUCUUAGUGAAUCCCAUGUGGAGCCGUCGAAUGCCGACAGCAUAUACUUCCAACCCGUUGUUCCCCUUCCGCCCAAAGUUGACAUCAAAACGGGCGAAGAGGAGGAGACAGUGCUGUAUGUGAGCAGAGCUCGACUUUUCCGGUUUUGUGACAAUGAGUGGAAAGAGCGCGGAGUCGGAGAUCUGAAGAUACUUGAGAGCCCGGAAUCGCAUCGAAUUAGGCUUCUUAUGAGACGCGACACGAUUCUCAAAGUAUGUCUCAAUCAAUACAUUACCGCAGAUUUGAAGCUUGACUUAAAAGAUGACAAGAAAUCGAUCACUUGGUCUGCCAUUGACUACAGCGAAGAGACUCCAAAUCCGCAGAUAUUUUUGUUACGUUUGAAAAACCCUGAGAACGCGGAACUAUUUCUCAAUGCCUUCCGGAGCGCACAGUCGAGACUUUGCGUGAAUAAAACUACUGAUAAUAGUUGCGCUUCUGUUGAGAAACAAAACACUUUGAAUUGCAAUCAAAAUCUUAAAGAUACUAAAACUAAAGAGUCGACAAAUAGUCUCCCAAAGUGUCACUCAAAAUCAAGUGACGACGACAUCGAAAUUGUUUACAUGAAAGCCCCGGAGUCUGAAGAAAUUCUUAGGAAAGUUAAAGAAUUACAACUUCCGCUCAAUUUCUACGACUACGAGACUAUGGAGCCGUGUAAGGGCUGUCGGGGCUGUCGAGACGAUGACUACUACUUUAAGACCGACUCUAAACCACAAGUUAAGGAUAAUUCAAACCCUGACGACUCGAACUCCAAUAGCUUAUUCAGAUCUGCUAUCGCUGCCACAAAUGUUAGUCAAUCUGAAUGGAAAACUAAUAGUAGUCCGAAGUCAUGGAUGACUAGUACUCCGGCGCCACUAUUUUCCAGCGAACACAACACCUCCACAGGAGAUGACGGU